GGUGGUCUUCCAGGAUCCUCUACCAUUCGGUUUCUUCUUCCAAGCCAACCACCACCCUUUUCCAUCAAGACCCAAUUCGCGUCGCAAUAGAGAACGCGACGAACGACGAGAUGUCCACGAUAACCCCCAACGCUCUCCAGAGCUCGGUGCCACCCACCAUCCCCCUGCCCUUCAACGCCAACCAGCCCGAGACGAUCCGCCUCUACCCGCUAUCAAACUACACAUUCGGCGUCAAGGAGACGCAACCGGAGGAGGACCCGAGCGUGUUGGCGCGCCUGAAGCGGCUCGAGGAGCACUACAACGCGCACGGCAUGCGGCGCACGUGCGAGGGCAUCCUGGUGUGCCACGAGCACAACCACCCGCACAUCCUGAUGCUGCAGAUCGCCAACGCCUUCUUCAAGCUACCGGGCGACUAUCUCAGGCCGGAGGACGACGAGAUCGAGGGGUUCAAGCAGCGGCUGGACGAGCGGCUGGCGCCCGUGGGCAGCCUCGGCGAGGGCGAGAAGGCGGGCGACUGGCAGGUGGGCGACUGCCUCGCGCAGUGGUGGAGGCCCAACUUUGAGACGUUCAUGUACCCCUUUGUGCCGGCCCAUGUGACGAGACCGAAGGAAUGCAAGAAGCUUUACUUUAUUCAGUUACCCAAGUCAAAGGUCCUCAGCGUGCCAAAGAACAUGAAGCUUCUGGCCGUCCCCCUUUUCGAGCUUUACGACAACACCGCGAGAUACGGCCCGCAGCUUUCCGCCAUCCCCCAUCUCCUGAGCCGCUACAACUUUGAGUUCGUCGACGAGAACGGCGAGGUGGUGGCUGUUACCCCCGGCGACGGACCGGCAGACGGCUACGUGCCCAAGACAAAGAUCCUUGCGAAUGGCGAUGAUGUGGACAUGAAGACGGAAGAAGGCAACGGUCCUUAGCAGAAGAAAGGCAGUCUGCUGUUCUCUCUGAAACGCAUACAUGAGGCGAGGCAAAUCACGAAGAUCAAGACGGAAAGAGACGAGGAACCUUGACUGUCACGGCAUCGCUCAACGUACAAGUCACUUGGUUCGCGUCCGUACGAGGAGCAUGAAGAUUAAGGAUACGAGUGUUUAGACUACAGGAGGAGCAGCGAUGUCUGCACAAACGGGAGCGUUUCCGUUCCUCCAUUGUUCAGAUUAUAUGCAGCAGGAAGGAGGAAAGGUCAAAGAUGACUAGAGAUGGCGAAGUGAGGAGGUUAGGCAAGACAGUGAUUGACUGGGUUGGGAUAAAGCAUGACAGAC